AUUGCGAAUUAUACGAAUACGGGCAAUUCUUUUAGGAUUGAAGAAGAAAAUUUGAUCGGCUAUUGCACCAAUGGAUUAAUUGAAGCGGAAUUUUUGAAGAAUGAGCUAAUGCUUGAAGUUAGCCGAUGGAAACGGAGCAUUAUAAUGGACAAGCGCAUGACAUUUUGCGAUCAGAUUAGCACUCUGAAGGAGUAUUUGAAACAUGUGAAAGCUGGUCGAAAGUGUUUCUUCCAUGUGGAGGUUUUGAACGAAAUUCUCGCUCGAAAAUUGCGCAAGAAGCGCAGACAAGAAACAACGCAGGCCGGCAUCAUCAGCAAUGCGACAGCGGAUACUUCCAGUGCAUCCUUAGCAGCACCGUGUAGUGACGAAGAUUGUUCAAGAAUGGACAUUACUGCAUCCGACGAUAGAGAAAUGAUUAGCAGUCACUGUAUCGAAGCAGCGAGGAGCGAUGAGCCGAGUUCUAACAGUCGCGUUGAGUACGGUGUGGAAGCGCUCAAAAAUCUGAUCGAGUCCCGGAUACCGCUUUUCGAUGAAAGCAAAGGACAAAAGUUUUCCAGAAAACUGUCAAAAAUUAUGAGCAGAGAGGAAAAACUGGAAGCACUGCAGAAGUUGGUCGAAAAAAUGAUAUCCGGGCUAGAGGGCGAACAGGAAAGAAAGACGAAUAAGAAGUAU